AUGCUGACCCCGGCGGCGACGCAGUCGCUUCAGGAGAAGCAGCGCGAGAACCUGCUGCGCAUGCUGGACUUUAACUCGGAGAGCGCCGGCGGCUUCGCGGACGCGGCCCAGGACUCCGCUGAUCGCUGGGGCGACCAGUGGAAGGUGCUGGUCUACGACCGGUUCUGCCGCGACAUCAUCUCGCCCAUCCUCAAGCUGCACGAGCUGCGCAAGAAGGGCGUGACGCUGCACAUGCUGCUGGACACGGAGCGCGACGCCAUCCCCGACGUCCCGGCCAUUUACUUCGUGGAGCCCACGCGCGAGAACCUGGAGCGCAUCGUCUCGGACUGCGCCAAGGAGCUCUACAGCUCCGUGCACCUCAACUUCGCCUACCCGUUGAGCCGCGAGUCGCUCGAGUACUUGGCUCGAGCGUCGGUGGAGGCUGGUUGCACCAGUAUGAUCGCCAAGGUGUACGACCAGUGCACGAACUUCGUAUCGCUUGAGCCGAGUCUCUUCUCGCUCAACCUUCCUGAGAGCUACCGCGCGUACAACGACCCGAACCUGGCGGACACGCAGAUCGAGCAGUCCAUGGGUGCGAUCGUCAAGGGACUUUUCUCCGUGCUUGCUACGACUGGAAGCGUGCCGGUGAUUCGUUGCCCAAAUAACGAUGGACCGUCGAGGAUGGUGGCUGAGCAACUGAGCUCGACAAUCCGCGAGCACCUGAAUGCAAGGAACGGCGUUUUCACAGAAAACUCAUCCAACUUUCAGCGUCCGGUACUUAUCAUCAUGGAUCGCAAUGAGGACAUUGCAUCGAGUUUGUAUCACCCGUCGACGUACCAGGCACUGGUCGACGAUAUUCUAACCAUUCAGAUGAACCGCGUGAAGGUGACCGUGAAGACCUCGGGUGGCGAGGACGGGGGUGAUGAUGGUCGAUCGGUUGAGCGCACGUACGACUUGGACGUUACGAGCGAUAAAUUCUUCGAGACGCAUGCCGGUAGCCUGUUUCCGGACGCAAUCGACGCCAACGAAGAGGAAAUGAAGCAAGUUACGCGGAAAGAGGAGCAGAUUCGGGCCCAGACAGGUGGCAGCGAUGCGCUGAUGAACGGUACGAAGGACCUCGUUGCUGCUGUGGACACGCUGCCAGCACUAGUGGAGAAGAAGAAAAUGCUGGAAGUUCACACGAACAUUUUCCACGCAGCAUUUGAGGGCGUUACGAAGCGCCACAUCCCGUCGUAUUCGAUGCUCGAGCAGAAGCUUAUCGAUGGCUCGCACGUUGACAAGGCUGAGGUGUUGCAGCUCCUGUCAAACAAGGACAUGGGAACACUGGCGGACAAGAUGCGCCUGCUAAUGAUCUACUUUCUGUCGAGCGUGCGCCGCAGCGUCAGAGCAGCCAGAAGCGUAUGCUCAGGCUUGGAAGUUCCUCAGAAAGCACUCGGCUUUCCAACGACGUGCUAG